AUGACAACCACCAAGUACGAUUUUGUCGUAGUCGGAGGUGGUCCGGCUGGAUGCGCCCUGGCUGCGGGGCUCGCGAAGUCGGCCCAACGACCUCGAGUUCUGCUCCUAGAAGCAGGUGGGCGCAAUGAUGAUAGAGCCUUACGAGUCGACGGAAAGCGCUGGACGACAUUCAUGGAUGGAAGUGUGAAUUGGGGUUAUAAAACCGUCCCCCAGGAAUACUGCAAUGGGCGUGAGCUUGACUAUUCACGUGGUAAGGGUCUAGGAGGUAGCUCGGCAGUCAAUUUCGGAGUCUAUACUGUAGGCGCGCGGGACGACUAUGAUGAGUGGGCAUCCGGACUGGACGAUGACACCUUCGGGUGGAAGGAAAUGCAAGCCCGCUUCAAGAAGUUGGAGACCUUCAAUGGUGCUGUCACACUCUCGGAUAAUCAGAAGUAUGCCAAUCCCGUUGCCUCCAACCACGGCAACUCAGGCGGCCUGCAAGUUGGGUAUGCCGAGGAUUGGGAGGGAGACUUGCCACUCUCGCUGGAUGCAUUCCAGGCGGCUGGACACGUCCUUAACUUAGAUCACAAUUCGGGCAAUCCCCUUGGCAUGGCCGCCACUAUCAAUUCCGCUAGCAAGGGAAAGCGUACUACGGCUGUUGAUUUGCUUCUAGACGCCCCCGAUAAUCUUGUGGUUGUCACAGACAGCCCGGUCCAACGGAUAUUGUUGGAGAGCAAGAAGGCCAUUGGAGUCGAGACCCAAGGCAAGCAAUACUUCGCCUCUCGGGAUGUGAUUCUUUCUGCAGGGUCGCUCGACACCCCGAAGAUCCUUAUGCUUUCUGGAAUCGGACCGGCUGCAGAACUCGAGAAGUUCAACAUCUCAGUGGUCAACGACCUCCCUGCCAUUGGUCAAGGUCUCCGAGACCACUACUUUGUUCCCCUGAUUCUUGCCCGUAACCCCGAGACAAAUGAUCGCAACUCAUUCUUCCAAGAUCCCACUGCCAUGGAAGCCGCUAUGCAACAAUGGGAAGAUAACAACACCGGGCUGUGGACCCGCUACGGCUGUCAAGUUGGGAGUGGCUGGUUCAAAUCGGAUCGCAUCACCUCCUUGCCCGAGUUCAAAGCACUGCCAGAAUCAGUACAGGAAUUCAUGAACCGUGAAACUAUUCCUCAGUAUGAGAUGGUCACUCACCUACCCAUUCAUUUCAUGUUGCCCGAUAUUUUCAAAGACUACAGCUACGUUGGCCUUGCGGCAUUCAUGAUGAACGAGCAAUCCUGCGGCGAGGUGCGCCUUCAGUCUGCUGAUCCGAGUGUCCCUCUUCUGUUCAAUCCGCGAUUCCUCGAGGACCCCUUCGACCGUCGCGCCUGUAUUGAGAUCUACCGACACCUGCUGGAGGUGAGCAGGCAGGAGUCAUUUGCCAAGGACACGAUCUCAACGCUCAUUGGGCCUGCGUCUGAUUCCGACGAGGAUAUCCUCGAAUUUUGGAAGAAUUACCUCUCUUCCAGCUGGCACAUGACUGGUACUGUAAAGAUGGGGAAGCUCGAUGCCAGUGAUGCUGCGGUCGACACCCAUUUCCGUGUGUUUGGUAUAGACAAUCUGCGUGUCGCUGAUAUGAGUGUUGUUCCUGUCCUGACCAACAACCACACCCAGGCUACAGCCUAUGUGACCGGUGCUACUUGUGCCGAUGUUCUCAUCAAGGAAUAUGGACUUGACUCUCAGUGA